AUGCCGAAUGAAACAGAUUGCCAAGUUAUGGCGGAAGUCGCUACGUCGUCGUUUUUAAGAACCUCCCUGGGUAUGACCACCCUCCUCUGCAUUCUAUGCGUUCCAUGCACCAUUUACUCAUUUUUGGCAAUUCAAAAAGCCACAAAACUUCAUUUCAACAGCAAGUGUAUCUUUCAUACUCUCACCAUUUUUGCGUUUAUCCACAUGAUUGUUCGAAUUAUUUUACACGGAAAAGAUCUUCUGAAUUACGUUGGACCGUGGAUGAGCGGAUGCGAAAUAUUUCCGUCUAGAAGCAGAUGUGAACUCCGGAAAUUGUACAAGAUUUCUGCGUUUGUGGUAGAGGUCACUCCGUUUGUGUUGACGGCAGAACGAUUUGUGGCAACGUUUAGAGCGAGACACUACGAGAAUAGAUAUAAAUGGUGUGGAGUUUUAUUGAACAUUUUUCAUAUUUCCCUUGCUCUAUUUCUUUUUACAAUUCAGUCAUCUGAAAAGGUCGGCGGCGAUAUAAUCUAUUAUUGUUGGAUGUCAUCUACCGGAAAUCGAUAUAUGCUAAACCUACCUAUUUUCGUAAUUGUUUUCAGUCAAUUGAUAACUAUUCCCGCGUUAUUAUAUCUUCUCAGAAAGAAUGAGAAAUUUCGCGAAGCUUCCUUGCAAAAACGAUCGACAUUAUCUCAAAGAUAUCAACUAUCACAAAACCUGCAAACAUUGACAAAAUUCCGAAUAGUUAGCACAGUGACAUGGAUUUAUGUUACUUACAAUGCAGCAGCGACGUUCGGAGUUCAUUUUUUUUUGAAAUCAAUGUCAUCAGCGGGGCAAUUUGCAAUUAUAGAAAUCGUUCACUGCCUUCCUCUCUACUAUUUGAUACUUAUUUUCCUAAUGGUCAAGGAAGACAAGAAGCCACACAGACAAUUCUCUAUAAAAGUAGAUCAUUAUGAACCGCAAUAUUUUAAUGAUUUGCAAAAGUUUUUUGAUCAGUCUUUUGACAAAGUAAAAAAAACCAAAUCGGUAACAUUUGUUGUUUCUUAA